ACGGGCAACAGCGGAAAAAAAGCUCAAUGAGCAAAAGACACAGAAGUGGUGAGAGCAGAGCACAGUGCCAUAACUUGAAAACCCCAAUCCAAGAUGUCUCUGCAGGGAUGAAAUCAUCUUGAAAGUCCAGUCCGGGGCUCUGCUACAGUCUCUUUCUGAAGCUUAGGUUUGGUGGUUGUUCUGAGAGCCAUGAAAAAAUCCCUUCUUUUUCUCAUUAUCUUAACGCUUGUUUUCACUUUUUCCCUUCAAUUUCGGGCUCAGGCUGCCCCUCCUUUAGGACCCUUUGUAAGGCACUUUUCCUCUCUUCUCAAAUGGACUAGGUCUUCCUCCAAAGCACCCCAUUCAGGUAAUGGGCAUGUUCUUCAAUUUGAAGAUGGGUACUUGGUUGAAACUGUUGUGGAAGGAAAUGAGCUUGGGGUUGUUCCUCACUCAAUCCGGGUGUCUGAGGACGGUGAACUCUUUGCUGUCGAUGCAGUUAAGAAUAACAUCGUUCGGAUUACUCCUCCAUUGUCACAAUAUAGUAGAGCGAGAUUGGUUGCUGGUUCAUUUCAGGGUCACACGGGACAUGUUGAUGGAAAACCUAGUGAUGCCCGUUUUAAUGGCCCCAAAGGUGUAACUAUGGAUGAUAAAGGGAACGUGUAUGUUGCUGACACCUCAAAUCUGGCCAUCAGAAAGAUAGGAGAUUCAGGUGUGACAACAAUUGCAGGUGGGAAAUCAAAUGUUGCAGGGUACAGAGAUGGACCCAGUGAGGAUGCAAAGUUCUCAAGUGAUUUUGAUGUAGUGUAUGUUCGGCCUACCUGUUCUUUAUUAGUUGUUGACAGAGGAAAUGCUGCACUUCGGCAAAUCUCUCUCAACCAGGAGGAUUGUGAUUACCAGAACAGUUCUAUUUCUGCCACAGAUAUUUUUAUGGUUAUUGGUGCUGUCAUGGUAGGGUAUGCUUCAUGCUUGCUUCAGAAAGGAUUUGGGCCUUCCGCUUUCUCAAAGACGCAGCACUCAGAGAGUGAAUUCGAAGACCAACUGAUCAAGGAGAAACCAACUCCCAUUGUGGAGAGCAUAAAAGAGGAACCAGAUGCAGGAUGGCCUUCCUUCGGGCAGCUCAUAAUUGAUCUGUCCAAGCUCACGCUCGAAGCACUGACUGGCAUAUUACUUUACUUCAUCCCUUCUCGCUUCAUGCCCACCCGAGCCAGGAAAGGCCUCACUCCAUUAAAAGAUCAUCUCAUAAUGCCUGAAGACGAAGCCGAUCCCCCAUUAGCUCAGAAGCAGAGAGCCCCCCCUCCUCUUUCCGAAACCAGACAAGCACAUACUCCAAACACAAGCGAAAAAUAUUCAGAAAUGAAGCCUCCCAAGAUCAAAUCAUACAGCUUUAAGGACCCUUCAUUGUCAAGCAAGCACCGAUCUUCAAAACGACAAGAAUAUGCAGAAUUCUAUCAUUCAGGUGAGGUUCCUCCUCCCUACACCCAAGUCAGGUCCAAGAGCCAGAAAGAAAGAAGCAGGCAUCGACAACGGGAUAAAAGUGGAGAGAUGUUUGGAGCAGUUGGGACCGAGCCAAAACCGGUAGAGAUCAAGGCAGUGGACUAUGAUGAUCCAAAGUUCGACCAUUACAACAUCAGAAGCAAGUAUGGAUCCGACGAUUCGUUUCGGUUUUGAUUAGAUUGCAGCCGUCAAAUUCAUCUUGUUUUUUCUACCUUUUAGAUUUGUACUAUUUCGUUAACCGGAUCGGUUGUUUUGAGCGUCUGUCUUCUGAGCAAAGGCCCCCUCUUGAGCAGGAUUGACAAUCUUUGAACCAUUUGUUGAAGAAGCAUAGUAAUGAAAGAAACUCAUUGUGCAGGUA